AUGCCGGCCCACUUGCUGCAAGAGGAGAUGGCUAGCUCCUAUGCAUCCUCCUCCACCACCACCACCACCACCAUCACCGAGCCUCCCGCCCGGGUCCUGCAGAAUGGAGAAAGCAACCCGGAGAAGAAUCUCCUGCACCCGGAGGAAGACAUCCGCCCCGAAAUGAAAGACGACAUCUAUGACCCAAGUUACAAGGAUAAGGAGGGCCCGAGGCCCAAGCUUGAGUAUGUCUGGAGGAACAUCAUCCUUAUGUCGCUGCUACACUUGGGAGCCCUGUACGGCAUCAUCCUGAUCCCCACCUGCAAGGUCUACACCUGGCUCUGGGGGUUCGCCUACUACAUCAUCAGUGCUCUGGGUAUAACAGCGGGAGCCCAUCGCCUGUGGAGCCACCGGAGCUACAAAGCUCGGCUGCCUCUGCGGGUCUUCCUGAUCAUCGCCAACACAAUGGCAUUCCAGAAUGAUGCUUAUGAAUGGGCCCGAGAUCACCGUGUUCACCACAAGUUUUCAGAAACAGAUGCUGAUCCUCACAAUGCCCGGCGUGGCUUUUUCUUCUCCCACGUGGGUUGGCUGCUGGUGCGCAAACACCCAGCUGUCAAAGAGAAGGGUGGUUUGCUAGACUUGUCUGACCUGAAGGCUGAGAAGCUGCUGAUGUUCCAGAGGAGGCAUUACAAGCCCGCUGUCCUGCUGAUGUGCUUCAUCCUGCCCACACUUGUGCCCUGGUAUUUCUGGGGUGAAACUUUCAAACACAGCUUGUAUGUUGCCACUUUCCUGCGGUAUGCCAUUGUGCUCAAUGCCACCUGGCUGGUGAACAGCGCUGCCCACCUCUACGGAUAUCGCCCUUACGACAAGAACAUUAACCCACGGGAGAAUAUCCUGGUUUCACUGGGAGCUGUGGGUGAGGGUUUCCACAACUACCAUCACUCCUUCCCCUAUGACUACUCCACCAGUGAAUACCGCUGGCACAUCAACUUAACCACAUUCUUCAUCGACUGCAUGGCUGCCCUCGGCCUGGCUUACGACCGGAAGAAAGUAUCCAAGGCAGCCGUGUUGGCCAAGAUUAAGAGAACUGGAGAUGGAAGCUACAAGAGUGGCUGA